CCCACACUCUUGUAUUUUGGUUUCUCCAACGUUGUUGUUUGUUACUCAUAUAAAAGUUAAAACAAUGUGAUCUUCCUACAUUAUUACAUUGUAACAUGUUCUAUUAUUCCUCAAAACUCUUGUCUUCUUCCUUUCCAAACUUGUCACUUUCCUUGUUCCUCAAGAGAAUGAUUUCUAACACUCCUUUACACUCCUUUGUAAAAUCUCCAAUAUCUCUGCUUGAAACUUGCAACACCAUGUAUGAAAUAAACCAAAUUCACUCACAAACAAUUAAAACGGGUCUCUCUUCAAACCAUUUGUUUCUAACCAAAGUUAUAAUCUUCUGUUGCACGAAGGAAUCAGGGGAUGUUUAUUAUGCACGUAAAGUGUUUGAUGAAAUUCCACAACCAAGUGUUUUCAUUUGGAAUACUAUGAUCAAAGGGUAUUCUAGGAUAAACUGUUCUGAGAGUGGAGUUUCGUUGUAUAAACUAAUGUUGGUUCAUAAUAUUAAGCCUGAUGGUUUUACAUUUCCAUUUUUGUUGAAGGGUUUUACGAAAGAUAUGGCUUUGAAGUAUGGGAAAGUGUUGCUUAACCAUGCAGUGAUACAUGGUUUUUUGGAUUCUAAUUUGUUUGUUCAAAAGGGUUUCAUACAUUUGUUUUCGUUAUGCGGGCUAGUGAAUUAUGCGCGGAAGAUUUUUGACAUGGGUGAUGGAUGGGAAGUGGUGACAUGGAAUGUAGUGUUAUCUGGGUACAAUAGGUUUAAGCGAUAUGAGGAAUCGAAGAGGCUUUUUAUCGAGAUGGAGAAGAAAUGUGAAUGCGUAUCGCCUAAUUCAGUUACUCUAGUUUUGAUGCUUUCGGCGUGUUCUAAAUUGAAGGAUUUAGUUGGGGGGAAGUGCAUUUAUAAUAAGUAUAUCAAAGAAGGUAUUGUUGAACCUAACCUCAUAUUGGAAAAUGCCUUGAUUGAUAUGUUUGCAUCUUGUGGAGAAAUGGAUGCUGCACGAGGUGUUUUUGACGAAAUGAAGACUCGAGAUGUAAUUUCUUGGACUUCCAUUGUUACUGGCUUUGCAAAUACUUGUCGGAUUGAUUUAGCACGGAAAUAUUUUGAUCAAAUGCCUGAAAGAGAUUACGUUUCUUGGACUGCUAUGAUUGAUGGAUACCUUAGAAUGAACCGUUUCAAAGAGGUUUUGACGCUUUUCCGCGACAUGCAAAUGUCGAAUGUGAAACCUGAUGAAUUCACCAUGGUUAGUAUUCUAACAGCCUGUGCACACCUUGGAGCACUUGAACUAGGGGAAUGGGCAAAGACUUAUAUUGAUAAAAACAAGAUUAAAAAUGACACUUUCAUUGGGAAUGCUCUAAUAGACAUGUACUUUAAAUGUGGGAAUGUUGAGAAAGCAAAGAAAAUAUUCAAUGAAAUGCAGAAGAAAGAUAAAUUUACAUGGACAGCAAUGAUAGUUGGUCUUGCUAACAAUGGCCAUGGUGAAGAAGCUCUUACUAUGUUUUCUUAUAUGCUAGAAGCAUCAGUUACGCCAGAUGAGAUCACCUAUAUUGGAGUCAUGUGUGCGUGUACGCAUGUAGGCUUGGUCGCGAAAGGAAAACACUUUUUCUCCAACAUGGCUGUCCAACACGGAAUUAAACCUAAUCUGACACAUUAUGGAUGCAUGGUUGAUCUUCUCGGUCGAGCCGGGCAUUUAAAAGAAGCCCUUGAAGUCAUUAUGAACAUGCCUGUAAAACCAAAUUCAAUUGUUUGGGGAUCACUACUUGGUGCUUGUAGAGUUCACAAAAAUGUUCAACUAGCAGAAAUGGCAGCUAACGAAAUACUUGAGUUAGAGCCUGAGAACGGAGCUGUUUAUGUCCUGUUGUGUAACAUAUAUGCCGCAUGCAAGAAAUGGAAAAAUUUGCAUAAUGUAAGGAAAAUGAUGAUGGAGAGAGGAAUUAAGAAAAUACCUGGUUGUAGUUUGAUGGAAAUGAAUGGUAUUGUUUAUGAAUUUGUUGCUGGAGAUAAGUCACAUCCUCAAUCUAAAGAGAUAUAUGCAAAAUUAGAAAACAUGAAGCAAGAUUUGAGUAAUGCAGGGUAUUCGCCUGAUACAUCAGAGGUUUUUCUUGAUGUAGGGGAAGAGGACAAAGAAACUGCACUUUACAUGCAUAGUGAGAAAUUGGCUAUUGCUUAUGCUCUUAUUAGUUCAGGAAAGGGAGUUACUAUAAGAAUAGUUAAGAACCUUAGAAUGUGUGUGGACUGUCACCAUAUGGCAAUGGUUGUUUCAAAGGUUUACAAUAGGGAACUAAUAGUUAGAGAUAAAACCAGAUUUCAUCAUUUCAGGCAUGGUUUAUGCUCAUGUAACAAUUUCUGGUAACAUUUUAACAAAUAAAAAGAUGCAUUAAUACCAACUUGGUGUGACACAAGAGGCAAAUGUUUGGGUUGUUUGACCAUUUGGUCGGAUUUCGAUUCCUAGUCGGUGCGUAUGGAAAACUUAUGUUGGGAGUGGUCAACCCCUGAAAUAGUCUCAGCCAUUGCUUACAAGGGAUAUCAUGGUUUACAAAAAAAUGUAUUGAUUUAGCCUUUGGAUCCACAUACCCUCUUCAGUUUCGAUAGUUUGAUUCAAAGCUAACGAUUUAUUUCAAAGCUUCGGAUAUCAUGCUUUAUAACAACUCUGGAUUUAUUUAAACGACUCCCGAUUUUGUACCAAAUUGUUCUAUUAGCAACUUUUUAUAUAUAUUUAUAUGAAUUAAAAAGGUGUAUUCUACGUGUUUGCUUCGGAUAUCGGCUGUGCCUGUGCAUAUUAAGAGGAGUGUUAUUCAGACACAACAAUGUCAACAUGGUAUAAAAUAUGUUCAGCAUGAGUGAGUGUAAUCCAAGGAGAGAGGAUAAUUUAAAGACGAAACCAUAGGUUAAUGAGAAUUAAUAGUGGAUAAAAACUGGAUUGGGUGGUGCUCUAAGGUGGAGGAAGAGACAUUUGCUUGAAAGAGUUGAUGAAGUUUUUCCUUCAUUGCAUUUUGUACUUUCUUUGCUCAUUUGAACUUAUACCGAGUCUCGAAUGACUCUGAACGUAGUCUUCAUUUGUUAUUUUCUAUUUAUGCUCGUUAUGAAGUGAAACUUUA